AGCAACAGCCACGCAGACUAGAAAAAAAAAGGCAACACGCACUCUCUAAGGGGAGAGAGUGAGAAGGGAGGGGAGAAAGAAAAACGCCCUGGACACGGAGGGAGACUCGGGUUGAUAGAGAAAGACAAGUAUUUUAGAAGUGAGAAAGAACGUUUGAUUGGGAAGAAGAAGACGUGCUUUUAUCGACUGCUGGGACAGCAGGAGGGAAAGAGGACAUUGCCAACGAUGCUCAAGUUGCUGUGUUGAAGUUGUUGCAGCUCAGACUGCUCAGACAAACAGGAAGCAAAGAGACAAGAGUCCUUGGCCUUGCUUCAGCAAUCCAACUAAAACCAAGGCAGAAACAAACCACACCAGAGCAUAGGCAAAGGACAAGGAAAAGCAAAGGAUGUCUGAAGAGGAGGAAACCAGGGAGGUGCUCUUCUCUGACUGGUCGGGUCCAGAGAAACAGGGAAUGACCCUUGAGCAGUCAGGUGAAGGAGAGAUCUAUGUCAAAGAGGUGAAAAUGGAGUCGCCUGCUGGACGCACUGGAAGAGUACACGAGGGUGAUCAAAUUGUGGGUGCCACCAUCUAUUUUGACAACAUGAGUUCCGAGGAGACAGCGGAGCUCCUCAAGACCUUAAACAAACACAAGGUUGGACUGAAACUACAGAACAAGGACAAGUCACCAUGCCGCUCCCCCAUGGGCACUCUGUCACCCAGCCGCUCCCCCAUGGGCACUCUGUCGUAUGAAGGGAAGGGAAGGUUUGGAGGCUCCAGCCAAGGCAGUAUCCUGAGUGGGGAGGAUGAAGAUUACAAGAGAAUAUAUUCCAAGAAGAUUAAGCCCCGACUGAAGUCUGAGGAUCUAGCGGAGGGCGUGGACGUCCGUACGGAACGCCACAGCAGCACCAGCACCGACGGAAGCACGAUCACCACCGUCACCCGUCGCAUCACUACCUACUCUGUAGACAUGCCAGGGGGCGUGGACGAGCAGCUUGAGCUCACCGGGCCAGAGUUCAAAGGGCAACAGUAUGAGCAGUCAGGAGGGGGCAGCUCGACUCAAAUCCGAGUUUUACACGGAAGCGGCAGCUCUUCAGGUGUAGGAGGUGGAUUGGAGGGUGGUGAUUUUGAACUAGGAGGUGAUGGUGUUUUCUUCACUGGGCCGCAUGUAACUAGCUCUUCUGAGAAGCACUGGAGCACUGGAGGGGUGAAGACCACCACUGUAACGAGGGAGAUAGAGGGCGGAGAUGGAGGAGCAGCAGGGAUCAGAUUCAAAGGACCUAGCUUUGGAAUGUCGGGGGUGAAGGGUCAGCGGGAGUUCGGCCUCUAUAGACGGGGUCAGCAGGGAGACGGGAGCUUUCAGGUUUCAGGUGACUUAGCUGACGACCAGGCAGGAUCAGUCAAUGUCACGGCACCUGGAAAAACAACACAUAUUUCAUCCAGCUCCAUAUUAAUGGGAAAAGGUGAGGUGAGAGGAGUAGACGUUCAUUUGCCUGGUAGAGGCAGUGCAGACUGGCAGGGUAGGGUCGGAGGUUCAGUACCUGGAAUAACUAUUAGUGAUCAACAGAUGAGAGAGUCUGGGAACGUAGGUCACUCUGGAGGCAACCAGGGUGGGGUUUCCUUACCCAGCAUGCCAGGCAUUGAUACAGGGUUGAAUGGAGGCAAGAUAUCAACAGACAUAAGAGCGCAAACACUUGACAUCAAUAACCCAGGCAUAAAGGAGUCUGGCUCAGUGAAAACGUCUGUAAAAGGACCAUCGAUAAAAGGAACAACCAUUGAAAAUGAAAGCAAACUUUUUGGUGGCAUCAAAAUGCCAUCAUUUGGACUGAACAUUGCAGGUACAGAAAGCGAUGGAGAUGUUAAACUACCGAAGGUGAAGGGUAGUGUAGAUGUAUCAGCCCCAUCAACGAAUGUUAAAGAAGGAAAAAAGAUAGGUGGUAUUGAUAUCAAAGCACCCAAAGUAGACAUUAAAGUUUCAGGUGUUGAUGUUCAUGAUCCAGAAGGAGGUUUCAAGAUACCCAAAGUAAAGAUGCCAUCAUUUGGAAUCAAAGAAGCGGGACGUGAGGGUCCUUAUGUGGAUGUCAACCUACCAAAAACCGACAUUGACAUCAAGCCCCCCAAAGUAGAACUUAAAGGUCCAGAACUGGACAUUGAAGGGCCAGAUGGUAAAAUCAAAGGGUCAAAAUUCAAGAUGCCGACAACAUCAGGACCAAACAUCUCAAUGCCUGAUGUGGACUUCAACCUGAAAGGUCCAAAGAUGAAAGGAGAUUUCGAUGUGUCAGGGCCCAAGAUAGAAGGAGACCUCAAAGCACCCAAAGUAGACAUUGAGGGGCCAGGUCUUGACAUUGAAGGUUCAGGAGGAUUUAAGAUGCCAAAGAUGAAGAUGCCAUCAUUUGGAUUCAAAGGUCCUAAAUUGGAGGGUCCAGAUGUUGAUGUUAACCUGCCAACAGCUGAUAUAGACAUCAAAGCGCCCAAAGUGGACAUUAAAGGUCCAGAACUUGACAUUGAAGCGCCCAAAGUGGACAUUAAAGGUCCAGAACUUGACAUUGAAGGUUCAGGAGGAUUUAAGAUGCCAAAGAUGAAGAUGCCGACUUUUGGAGUCAAAGGUCCUAAACUGGAGGGUCCAGAUGUGGAUGUCAAACUACCUAAAGGUGACAUUGAAAUAAAGGGACCCAACGUUGACAUCAAAGGGCCAGAACUGGACAUUGAAGGCCCCGAUGGAAAAAUCAAGGGCCCACAAUUCAAGAUGCCUUCCAUAUCAGGACCAAAGAUCUCAAUGCCUGACAUGGACAUCAAUCUGAAAGGGCCAAAGGUGAAGGGUGAUGUGAAUGUGUCAGUGCCAAAGAUAAAAGGAGAUACAACAGCGCCCAAAGUAGACAUUGAAGGUCCAGAACUUGACAUUGAAGGCCCUGAUGGUAAAAUCAAAGGGCCGAAAUUCAAGAUGCCGUCAAUGUCAGGACCAAAGAUCUCCAUGCCUGAUGUGGACUUCAAUCUGAAAGGUCCCAAGAUGAAGGGAGAUGUUGAUAUGUCAGGAGAACUUAAAGCACCCAAAGUAGACAUUGAAGGUCCAGAUCUUGAAAUUGAAGGUCCAGAUGCAAAAAUCAAAGGGCCAAAAUUCAAGAUGCCAUCAAUUUCAGGACCGAAGAUCUCCAUGCCCGAUGUGGACUUCAAUCUGAAAGGUCCAAAGAUGAAAGGAGAUUUCGAUGUGUCAGGGCCCAAGAUAGAAGGAGACCUCAAAGCACCCAAAGUAGACAUUGAAGGUCCAGAUCUUGACAUUGAAGGUUCAGGAGGAUUUCAGAUGCCAAAGAUGAAGAUGCCAUCAUUUGGAUUCAAAGGUCCUAAAUUGGAGGGUCCAGAUGUUGAUGUUAACCUGCCAACAGCUGAUAUAGACAUCAAAGCGCCCAAAGUGGACAUUAAAGGUCCAGAACUUGACAUUGAAGGUUCAGGAGGAUUUAAGAUGCCAAAGAUGAAGAUGCCGUCUUUCGGAUUCAAAGGUCCUAAAUUGGAGGGUCCAGAUGUUGAUGUUAACCUACCAAAAGCUGAUAUAGACAUCAAAGCGCCAAAAGUGGACAUUAAAGGUCCAGAACUUGACAUUGAAGGCCCUGAUGGUAAAAUCAAAGGGCCGAAAUUCAAGAUGCCGUCAAUGUCAGGACCAAAGAUCUCCAUGCCUGAUGUGGACUUCAAUCUGAAAGGUCCCAAGAUGAAGGGAGAUGUUGAUAUGUCAGGAGAACUUAAAGCACCCAAAGUAGACAUUGAAGGUCCAGAUCUUGAAAUUGAAGGUCCAGAUGGAAAAAUCAAAGGGCCAAAAUUCAAGAUGCCAUCAAUUUCAGGACCGAAGAUCUCCAUGCCCGAUGUGGACUUCAAUCUGAAAGGUCCAAAGAUGAAAGGAGAUUUCGAUGUGUCAGGGCCCAAGAUAGAAGGAGACCUCAAAGCACCCAAAGUAGACAUUGAAGGUCCAGAUGUUGACAUUGAAGGUUCAGGAGGAUUUAAGAUGCCAAAGAUGAAGAUGCCAUCAUUUGGAUUCAAAGGUCCUAAAUUGGAGGGUCCAGAUGUUGAUGUUAACCUACCAAAAGCUGAUAUAGACAUCAAAGCACCAAAAGUAGACAUUGAAGGUCCAGAUCUUGACAUUGAAGGUCCAGAUGGAAAAAUCAAAGGACCAAAAUUCAAGAUGCCAUCAAUAUCAGGACCGAAGAUCUCCAUGCCCAAUGUGGACUUCAAUCUGAAAGGACCGAAGAUCUCCAUGCCCGAUGUGGACUUCAAUCUGAAAGGUCCAAAAAUGAAAGGAGAUUUCGAUGUAUCAGGGCCCAAGAUAGAAGGAGACCUCAAAGCACCCAAAGUAGACAUAGAGGGGCCAGAUCUUGACAUUGAAGCGCCAAAAGUGGACAUUAAAGGUCCAGAACUUGACAUUGAAGGUUCAGGAGGAUUUAAGAUGCCAAAGAUGAAGAUGCCGUCUUUCGGAUUCAAAGGUCCUAAAUUGGAGGGUCCAGAUGUUGAUGUUAACCUACCAAAAGCUGAUAUAGACAUCAAAGCGCCAAAAGUGGACAUUAAAGGUCCAGAACUUGACAUUGAAGGCCCUGAUGGUAAAAUCAAAGGGCCGAAAUUCAAGAUGCCGUCAAUGUCAGGACCAAAGAUCUCCAUGCCUGAUGUGGACUUCAAUCUGAAAGGUCCAAAUAUGAAAGGAGAUUUCGAUGUAUCAGGGCCCAAGAUAGAAGGAGACCUCAAAGCACCCAAAGUAGACAUUGAAGGUCCAGAUCUUGAAAUUGAAGGUCCAGAUGGAAAAAUCAAAGGGCCAAAAUUCAAGAUGCCAUCAAUUUCAGGACCGAAGAUCUCCAUGCCCGAUGUGGACUUCAAUCUGAAAGGUCCAAAGAUGAAAGGAGAUUUCGACGUGUCAGGGCCCAAGAUAGAAGGAGACCUCAAAGCACCCAAAGUAGACAUAGAGGGGCCAGAUCUUGACAUUGAAGGUUCAGGAGGAUUUAAGAUGCCAAAGAUGAAGAUGCCAUCAUUUGGAUUCAAAGGUCCUAAAUUGGAGGGUCCAGAUGUUGAUGUUAACCUACCAAAAGCUGAUAUAGACAUCAAAUCGCCCAAAGUGGACAUUAAAGGUCCAGAACUUGACAUUGAAGGUUCAGGAGGAUUUAAGAUGCCAAAGAUGAAGAUGCCAUCAUUUGGAUUCAAAGGUCCUAAAUUGGAGGGACCAGAUGUUGAUGUUAACCUACCAAAAGCUGAUAUAGACAUCAAAGCACCAAAAGUAGACAUUGAAGGUCCAGAUCUUGACAUUGAAGGUCCAGAUGGAAAAAUCAAAGGACCAAAAUUCAAGAUGCCAUCAAUAUCAGGACCGAAGAUCUCCAUGCCUGAUAUGGACUUCAAUCUGAAAGGUCCCAAGAUGAAGGGAGAUGUUGAUAUGUCAGGAGAACUUAAAGCACCCAAAGUAGACAUUGAAGGUCCAGAUCUUGAAAUUGAAGGUCCAGAUGGAAAAAUCAAAGGGCCAAAAUUCAAGAUGCCAUCAAUUUCAGGACCGAAGAUCUCCAUGCCCGAUGUGGACUUCAAUCUGAAAGGUCCAAAGAUGAAAGGAGAUUUCGAUGUGUCAGGGCCCAAGAUAGAAGGAGACCUCAAAGCGCCCAAAGUAGACAUAGAGGGGCCAGAUCUUGACAUUGAAGGUUCAGGAGGAUUUAAGAUGCCAAAGAUGAAGAUGCCAUCAUUUGGAUUCAAAGGUCCUAAAUUGGAGGGUCCAGAUGUUGAUGUUAACCUACCAAAAGCUGAUAUAGACAUCAAAUCGCCCAAAGUGGACAUUAAAGGUCCAGAACUUGACAUUGAAGGCCCUGAUGGUAAAAUCAAAGGGCCGAAAUUCAAGAUGCCGUCAAUGUCAGGACCAAAGAUCUCCAUGCCUGAUGUGGACUUCAAUCUGAAAGGUCCCAAGAUGAAGGGAGAUGUUGAUAUGUCAGGAGAACUUAAAGCACCCAAAGUAGACAUUGAAGGCCCAGAUCUUGAAAUUGAAGGUCCAGAUGGAAAAAUCAAAGGGCCAAAAUUCAAGAUGCCAUCAAUUUCAGGACCGAAGAUCUCCAUGCCCGAUGUGGACUUCAAUCUGAAAGGUCCAAGGAUGAAAGGAGAUUUCGACGUGUCAGGGCCCAAGAUAGAAGGAGACCUCAAAGCACCCAAAGUAGACAUUGAGGGGCCAGAACUUGACAUUGAAGGCCCUGAUGGUAAAAUCAAAGGGCCGAAAUUCAAGAUGCCGUCAAUGUCAGGACCAAAGAUCUCCAUGCCUGAUGUGGACUUCAAUCUGAAAGGUCCCAAGAUGAAGGGAGAUGUUGAUAUGUCAGGAGAACUUAAAGCACCCAAAGUAGACAUUGAAGGUCCAGAUCUUGAAAUUGAAGGUCCAGAUGGAAAAAUCAAAGGGCCAAAAUUCAAGAUGCCAUCAAUUUCAGGACCGAAGAUCUCCAUGCCCGAUGUGGACUUCAAUCUGAAAGGUCCAAAGAUGAAAGGAGAUUUCGAUGUGUCAGGGCCCAAGAUAGAAGGAGACCUCAAAGCACCCAAAGUAGACAUUGAAGGUCCAGAUGUUGACAUUGAAGGUUCAGGAGGAUUUAAGAUGCCAAAGAUGAAGAUGCCAUCAUUUGGAUUCAAAGGUCCUAAAUUGGAGGGUCCAGAUGUUGAUGUUAACCUACCAAAAGCUGAUAUAGACAUCAAAGCGCCAAAAGUGGACAUUAAAGGUCCAGAACUUGACAUUGAAGGCCCUGAUGGUAAAAUCAAAGGGCCGAAAUUCAAGAUGCCUUCAAUGUCAGGACCAAAGAUCUCCAUGCCUGAUGUGGACUUCAAUCUGAAAGGUCCCAAGUUGAAGGGAGAUGUUGAUAUGUCAGGAGAACUUAAAGCACCCAAAGUAGACAUUGAAGGUCCAGAUCUUGACAUUGAAGGUCCAGAUGGAAAAAUCAAAGGGCCAAAAUUCAAGAUGCCAUCAAUUUCAGGACCGAAGAUCUCCAUGCCCGAUGUGGACUUCAAUCUGAAAGGUCCAAAGAUGAAAGGAGAUUUCGACGUGUCAGGGCCCAAGAUAGAAGGAGACCUCAAAGCACCCAAAGUAGACAUUGAGGGGCCAGGUCUUGACAUUGAAGGUCCAGAACUUGACAUUGAAGGUUCAGGAGGAUUUAAGAUGCCAAAGAUGAAGAUGCCGUCUUUCGGAUUCAAAGGUCCUAAAUUGGAGGGUCCAGAUGUUGAUGUUAACCUACCAAAAGCUGAUAUAGACAUCAAAGCGCCAAAAGUGGACAUUAAAGGUCCAGAACUUGACAUUGAAGGCCCUGAUGGUAAAAUCAAAGGGCCGAAAUUCAAGAUGCCGUCAAUGUCAGGACCAAAGAUCUCCAUGCCUGAUGUGGACUUCAAUCUGAAAGGUCCCAAGAUGAAGGGAGAUGUUGAUAUGUCAGGAGAACUUAAAGCACCCAAAGUAGACAUUGAAGGUCCAGAUCUUGAAAUUGAAGGUCCAGAUGGAAAAAUCAAAGGGCCAAAAUUCAAGAUGCCAUCAAUUUCAGGACCGAAGAUCUCCAUGCCCGAUGUGGACUUCAAUCUGAAAGGUCCCAAGUUGAAGGGAGAUGUUGAUAUGUCAGGAGAACUUAAAGCACCCAAAGUAGACAUUGAAGGUCCAGAUCUUGACAUUGAAGGUCCAGAUGGAAAAAUCAAAGGGCCAAAAUUCAAGAUGCCAUCAAUUUCAGGACCGAAGAUCUCCAUGCCCGAUGUGGACUUCAAUCUGAAAGGUCCAAAGAUGAAAGGAGAUUUCGACGUGUCAGGGCCCAAGAUAGAAGGAGACCUCAAAGCACCCAAAGUAGACAUAGAGGGGCCAGAUCUUGACAUUGAAGGUUCAGGAGGAUUUAAGAUGCCAAAGAUGAAGAUGCCAUCAUUUGGAUUCAAAGGUCCUAAAUUGGAGGGUCCAGAUGUUGAUGUUAACCUACCAAAAGCUGAUAUAGACAUCAAAUCGCCCAAAGUGGACAUUAAAGGUCCAGAACUUGACAUUGAAGGUUCAGGAGGAUUUAAGAUGCCAAAGAUGAAGAUGCCGUCUUUCGGAUUCAAAGGUCCUAAAUUGGAGGGUCCAGAUGUUGAUGUUAACCUACCAAAAGCUGAUAUAGACAUCAAAGCGCCAAAAGUGGACAUUAAAGGUCCAGAACUUGACAUUGAAGGCCCUGAUGGUAAAAUCAAAGGGACGAAAUUCAAGAUGCCGUCAAUGUCAGGACCAAAGAUCUCCAUGCCUGAUGUGGACUUCAAUCUGAAAGGUCCCAAGAUGAAGGGAGAUGUUGAUAUGUCAGGAGAACUUAAAGCACCCAAAGUAGACAUUGAAGGUCCAGAUCUUGAAAUUGAAGGUCCAGAUGGAAAAAUCAAAGGGCCAAAAUUCAAGAUGCCAUCAAUUUCAGGACCGAAGAUCUCCAUGCCCGAUGUGGACUUCAAUCUGAAAGGUCCAAAGAUGAAAGGAGAUUUCGAUGUGUCAGGGCCCAAGAUAGAAGGAGACCUCAAAGCACCCAAAGUAGACAUUGAAGGUCCAGAUGUUGACAUUGAAGGUUCAGGAGGAUUUAAGAUGCCAAAGAUGAAGAUGCCAUCAUUUGGAUUCAAAGGUCCUAAAUUGGAGGGUCCAGAUGUUGAUGUUAACCUACCAAAAGCUGAUAUAGACAUCAAAGCGCCAAAAGUGGACAUUAAAGGUCCAGAACUUGACAUUGAAGGCCCUGAUGGUAAAAUCAAAGGGCCGAAAUUCAAGAUGCCGUCAAUGUCAGGACCAAAGAUCUCCAUGCCUGAUGUAGACUUCAAUCUGAAAGGUCCAAAGAUGAAAGGAGAUUUCGACGUGUCAGGGCCCAAGAUAGAAGGAGACCUCAAAGCACCCAAAGUAGACAUUGAAGGUCCAGAUGUUGACAUUGAAGGUUCAGGAGGAUUUAAGAUGCCAAAGAUGAAGAUGCCAUCAUUUGGAUUCAAAGGUCCUAAAUUGGAGGGUCCAGAUGUUGAUGUUAACCUACCAAAAGCUGAUAUAGACAUCAAAGUGCCAAAAGUGGACAUUAAAGGUCCAGAACUUGACAUUGAAGGCCCUGAUGGUAAAAUCAAAGGGCCGAAAUUCAAGAUGCCUUCAAUGUCAGGACCAAAGAUCUCCAUGCCUGAUGUGGACUUCAAUCUGAAAGGUCCCAAGUUGAAGGGAGAUGUUGAUAUGUCAGGAGAACUUAAAGCACCCAAAGUAGACAUUGAAGGUCCAGAUCUUGACAUUGAAGGUCCAGAUGGAAAAAUCAAAGGGCCAAAAUUCAAGAUGCCAUCAAUUUCAGGACCGAAGAUCUCCAUGCCCGAUGUGGACUUCAAUCUGAAAGGUCCAAAGAUGAAAGGAGAUUUCGACGUGUCAGGGCCCAAGAUAGAAGGAGACCUCAAAGCACCCAAAGUAGACAUAGAGGGGCCAGAUCUUGACAUUGAAGGUUCAGGAGGAUUUAAGAUGCCAAAGAUGAAGAUGCCAUCAUUUGGAUUCAAAGGUCCUAAAUUGGAGGGUCCAGAUGUUGAUGUUAACCUACCAAAAGCUGAUAUAGACAUCAAAUCGCCCAAAGUGGACAUUAAAGGUCCAGAACUUGACAUUGAAGGUUCAGGAGGAUUUAAGAUGCCAAAGAUGAAGAUGCCGUCUUUCGGAUUCAAAGGUCCUAAAUUGGAGGGUCCAGAUGUUGAUGUUAACCUACCAAAAGCUGAUAUAGACAUCAAAGCGCCAAAAGUGGACAUUAAAGGUCCAGAACUUGACAUUGAAGGCCCUGAUGGUAAAAUCAAAGGGCCGAAAUUCAAGAUGCCGUCAAUGUCAGGACCAAAGAUCUCCAUGCCUGAUGUGGACUUCAAUCUGAAAGGUCCCAAGAUGAAGGGAGAUGUUGAUAUGUCAGGAGAACUUAAAGCACCCAAAGUAGACAUUGAAGGUCCAGAUCUUGAAAUUGAAGGUCCAGAUGGAAAAAUCAAAGGGCCAAAAUUCAAGAUGCCAUCAAUUUCAGGACCGAAGAUCUCCAUGCCCGAUGUGGACUUCAAUCUGAAAGGUCCAAAGAUGAAAGGAGAUUUCGAUGUGUCAGGGCCCAAGAUAGAAGGAGACCUCAAAGCACCCAAAGUAGACAUUGAAGGUCCAGAUGUUGACAUUGAAGGUUCAGGAGGAUUUAAGAUGCCAAAGAUGAAGAUGCCAUCAUUUGGAUUCAAAGGUCCUAAAUUGGAGGGUCCAGAUGUUGAUGUUAACCUACCAAAAGCUGAUAUAGACAUCAAAGCGCCAAAAGUGGACAUUAAAGGCCCAGAUCUUGAAAUUGAAGGUCCAGAUGGAAAAAUCAAAGGGCCAAAAUUCAAGAUGCCAUCAAUUUCAGGACCGAAGAUCUCCAUGCCCGAUGUGGACUUCAAUCUGAAAGGUCCAAAGAUGAAAGGAGAUUUCGACGUGUCAGGGCCCAAGAUAGAAGGAGACCUCAAAGCACCCAAAGUAGACAUUGAAGGUCCAGAUCUUGACAUUGAAGGUUCAGGAGGAUUUAAGAUGCCAAAGAUGAAGAUGCCAUCAUUUGGAUUCAAAGGUCCUAAAUUGGAGGGUCCAGAUGUUGAUGUUAACCUACCAAAAGCUGAUAUAGACAUCAAAGCACCAAAAGUAGACAUUGAAGGUCCAGAUCUUGACAUUGAAGGGCCAGAUGGAAAAAUCAAAGGGCCAAAAUUCAAGAUGCCAUCAAUUUCAGGACCGAAGAUCUCCAUGCCCGAUGUGGACUUCAAUCUGAAAGGUCCAAGGAUGAAAGGAGAUUUCGACGUGUCAGGGCCCAAGAUAGAAGGAGACCUCAAAGCACCCAAAGUAGACAUUGAGGGGCCAGGUCUUGACAUUGAAGGUUCAGGAGGAUUUAAGAUGCCAAAGAUGAAGAUGCCAUCAUUUGGAUUCAAAGGUCCUAAAUUGGAGGGUCCAGAUGUUGAUGUUAACCUGCCAACAGCUGAUAUAGACAUCAAAUCGCCCAAAGUGGACAUUAAAGGUCCAGAACUUGACAUUGAAGGUUCAGGAGGAUUUAAGAUGCCAAAGAUGAAGAUGCCAUCAUUUGGAUUCAAAGGUCCUAAAUUGGAGGGUCCAGAUGUUGAUGUUAACCUACCAAAAGCUGAUAUAGACAUCAAAGCGCCAAAAGUGGACAUUAAAGGUCCAGAACUUGACAUUGAAGGCCCUGAUGGUAAAAUCAAAGGGCCGAAAUUCAAGAUGCCGUCAAUGUCAGGACCAAAGAUCUCCAUGCCUGAUGUGGACUUCAAUCUGAAAGGUCCCAAGAUGAAGGGAGAUGUUGAUAUGUCAGGAGAACUUAAAGCACCCAAAGUAGACAUUGAAGGUCCAGAUCUUGACAUUGAAGGUCCAGAUGGAAAAAUCAAAGGGCCAAAAUUCAAGAUGCCAUCAAUUUCAGGACCGAAGAUCUCCAUGCCCGAUGUGGACUUCAAUCUGAAAGGUCCAAAGAUGAAAGGAGAUUUCGACGUGUCAGGGCCCAAGAUAGAAGGAGACCUCAAAGCACCCAAAAUAGACAUAGAGGGGCCAGAUCUUGACAUCAAAUCGCCCAAAGUGGACAUUAAAGGUCCAGAACUUGACAUUGAAGGUUCAGGAGGAUUUAAGAUGCCAAAGAUGAAGAUGCCGUCUUUCGGAUUCAAAGGUCCUAGAUUGGAGGGUCCAGAUGUUGAUGUUAACCUACCAAAAGCUGAUAUAGACAUCAAAGCGCCAAAAGUGGACAUUAAAGGUCCAGAACUUGACAUUGAAGGCCCUGAUGGUAAAAUCAAAGGGCCGAAAUUCAAGAUGCCGUCAAUGUCAGGACCAAAGAUCUCCAUGCCUGAUGUGGACUUCAAUCUGAAAGGACCGAAGAUCUCCAUGCCCGAUGUGGACUUCAAUCUGAAAGGUCCAAAGAUGAAAGGAGAUUUCGAUGUGUCAGGGCCCAAGAUAGAAGGAGACCUCAAAGCACCCAAAGUAGACAUUGAAGGUCCAGAUCUUGACAUUGAAGGUUCAGGAGGAUUUAAGAUGCCAAAGAUGAAGAUGCCAUCAUUUGGAUUCAAAGGUCCUAAAUUGGAGGGUCCAGAUGUUGAUGUUAACCUGCCAACAGCUGAUAUAGACAUCAAAUCGCCCAAAGUGGACAUUAAAGGUCCAGAACUUGACAUUGAAGGUUCAGGAGGAUUUAAGAUGCCAAAGAUGAAGAUGCCAUCAUUUGGAUUCAAAGGUCCUAAAUUGGAGGGUCCAGAUGUUGAUGUUAACCUACCAAAAGCUGAUAUAGACAUCAAAGCGCCAAAAGUGGACAUUAAAGGUCCAGAACUUGACAUUGAAGGCCCUGAUGGUAAAAUCAAAGGGCCGAAAUUCAAGAUGCCGUCAAUGUCAGGAGCAAAGAUCUCCAUGCCUGAUGUGGACUUCAAUCUGAAAGGUCCCAAGAUGAAGGGAGAUGUUGAUAUGUCAGGAGAACUUAAAGCACCCAAAGUAGACAUUGAAUUUCCAGAUCUUGACAUUGAAGGGCCAGAUGGAAAAAUCAAAGGGCCAAAAUUCAAGAUGCCAUCAAUUUCAGGACCGAAGAUCUCCAUGCCUGAUGUGGAUUUCAACCUAAAAGGUCCAAAGAUGAAGGGAGAUUUCGAUGUGUCAGGGCCCAAGAUAGAAGGAGACCUCAAAGCACCCAAAGUAGACAUAGAUGGGCCAGAUCUUGACAUUGAAGGUUCAGGAGGAUUUAAGAUGCCAAAGAUGAAGAUGCCAUCAUUUGGAUUCAAAGGUCCUAAAUUGGAGGGUCCAGAUGUUGAUGUUAACCUGCCAACAGCUGAUAUAGACAUCAAAUCGCCCAAAGUGGACAUUAAAGGUCCAGAACUUGACAUUGAAGGUUCAGGAGGAUUUAAGAUGCCAAAGAUGAAGAUGCCAUCAUUUGGAUUAAAAGGUCAUAAAUUGGAGGGUCCAGAUGUUGAUGUUAACCUACCAAAAGUUGAUAUAGACAUCAAAGCACCAAAAGUAGACAUUGAAGGUCCAGAUCUUGACAUUGAAGGUCCAGAUGGAAAAAUCAAAGGACCAAAAUUCAAGAUGCCAUCAAUAUCAGGACCGAAGAUCUCCAUGCCUGAUAUGGACUUCAAUCUGAAAGGUCCAAAGAUGAAGGGAGAUGUUGAUAUGUCAGGAGAACUUAAAGCACCCAAAGUAGACAUUGAAGGUCCAGAUCUUGACAUUGAAGGUCCUGAUGGUAAAAUCAAAGGGCCGAAAUUCAAGAUGCCAUCAAUAUCAGGACCGAAGAUCUCCAUGCCUGAUGUGGACUUCAAUCUGAAAGGUCCAAAAAUGAAGGGAGACGUGGACAUGUCUGUGCCAAUGAUUGAAGGUGACCUGAAAUCACCCAAAGUUGAUUUUGAAGGCCCUGAUGGCAAAAUCAAGGGCCCAAAUUUCAAGAUGCCAUCAAUAUCAGGACCAAAGAUCUCUAUGCCUGAUAUGGACUUUGACCUGAAAAGUCCAAAAAUGAAGGGAGAUGUGGACAUGUCUGUGCCAAUGAUUGAAGGAGAACUCAAAGCACCCAAAGUAGACAUUGAAGGUCCAGAUGUUGACAUUGAAGGUUCAGGAGGAUUUAAGAUGCCAAAGAUGAAGAUGCCAUCAUUUGGAUUCAAAGGUCCUAAAUUGGAGGGUCCAGAUGUUGAUGUUAACCUGCCAACAGCUGAUAUAGACAUCAAAUCGCCCAAAGUAGACAUUAAAGGUCCAGAUGUUGACAUUGAAGGUUCAGGAGGAUUUAAGAUGCCAAAGAUGAAAAUGCCAUCAUUUGGAUUCAAAGGACCUAACCUGGAGGGUCCGGAUGUCGAUCUCAACCUACCUAAAGCUGACAUUAAUGUUGAAGGUCCAGAAAUUGACAUUGAAGGGUAUGAUGGUAAAAUCAGAGGGCCAAAAUUCAAGAUGCCUUCAAUGUCAGGACCAAAGAUAUCAAUGCCAGAUAUGGAUUUCAACCUGAAAGGUCCAAAGGUAAAGGGAGAUUUUGAUGUGUCAGUCCCCAAGAUCGAAGGAGACCUCAAAGCACCCAAAGUAGACAUUGAAGGUCCAGAUGUUGACAUUGAAGGUUCAGGAGGAUUUAAGAUGCCAAAGAUGAAGAUGCCAUCAUUUGGAUUCAAAGGACCCAAACUGGAGGGGCCAGAUGUUGAUAUCAACCUUCCUAAAGCUGACAUUGAUAUUAAGGGCCCCAACGUUGACAUCAAAGGUCCAGAACUGGACAUUGAAGGCCCAGAUGGUAAAAUAAAAGGGCCGAAAUUCAAGAUGCCUUCCAUAUCAGGACCAAAUAUUUCCAUGCCUGACAUGGACUUCAACCUGAAAGGUCCAAAGAUGAAGGGAGAUGUUGAUAUGUCAGGAGACCUCAAAGCACCCAAAGUAGACAUUGAAGGUCCAGAUGUUGACAUUGAAGGUUCAGGAGGAUUUAAGAUGCCAAAGAUGAAGAUGCCAUCAUUUGGAUUCAAAGGACCCAAACUGGAGGGGCCAGAUGUUGAUAUCAACCUUCCUAAAGCUGACAUUGAUAUUAAGGGCCCCAACGUUGACAUCAAAGGUCCAGAACUGGACAUUGAAGGCCCAGAUGGUAAAACCAAAGGGCCGAAAUUCAAGAUGCCGUCAAUGUCAGGACCAAAGAUCUCCAUGCCUGAUGUGGACUUCAACCUGAAAGGUCCAAAGAUGAAAGGAGAUUUCGAUGUGUCAGGGCCCAAGAUAGAAGGAGACCUCAAAGCACCCAAAGUAGACAUUGAAGGUCCAGAUGUUGACAUUGAAGGUUCAGGAGGAUUUAAGAUGCCAAAGAUGAAAAUGCCAUCCUUUGGAUUCAAAGGACCUAACCUGGAGGGUCCGGAUGUCGAUCUCAACCUACCUAAAGCUGACAUUAAUGUUGAAGGUCCAGAAAUUGACAUUGAAGGGUAUGAUGGUAAAAUCAGAGGGCCAAAAUUCAAGAUGCCUUCAAUGUCAGGACCAAAGAUAUCAAUGCCAGAUAUGGAUUUCAACCUGAAAGGUCCAAAGGUAAAGGGAGAUUUUGAUGUGUCAGUCCCCAAGAUCGAAGGAGACCUCAAAGCACCCAAAGUAGACAUUGAAGGUCCAGAUGUUGACAUUGAAGGUUCAGGAGGAUUUAAGAUGCCAAAGAUGAAGAUGCCAUCAUUUGGAUUCAAAGGACCCAAACUGGAGGGGCCAGAUGUUGAUAUCAACCUUCCUAAAGCUGACAUUGAUAUUAAGGGCCCCAACGUUGACAUCAAAGGUCCAGAACUGGACAUUGAAGGCCCAGAUGGUAAAACCAAAGGGCCGAAAUUCAAGAUGCCGUCAAUGUCAGGACCAAAGAUCUCCAUGCCUGAUGUGGACUUCAACCUGAAAGGUUCAAAGAUGAAAGGAGAUUUCGAUGUGUCAGGGCCCAAGAUAGAAGGAGACCUCAAAGCACCCAAAGUAGACAUUGAAGGUCCAGAUGUUGACAUUGAAGGUUCAGGAGGAUUUAAGAUGCCAAAGAUGAAAAUGCCAUCCUUUGGAUUCAAAGGACCUAACCUGGAGGGUCCGGAUGUCGAUCUCAACCUACCUAAAGCUGACAUUAAUGUUGAAGGUCCAGAAAUUGACAUUGAAGGGUAUGAUGGUAAAAUCAGAGGGCCAAAAUUCAAGAUGCCUUCAAUGUCAGGCCCAAAGAUAUCAAUGCCAGAUAUGGAUUUCAACCUGAAAGGUCCAAAGGUAAAGGGAGAUUUUGAUGUGUCAGUCCCCAAGAUCGAAGGAGACCUCAAAGCACCCAAAGUAGACAUUGAAGGUCCAGAUGUUGACAUUGAAGGUUCAGGAGGAUUUAAGAUGCCAAAGAUGAAGAUGCCAUCAUUUGGAUUCAAAGGACCCAAACUGGAGGGGCCAGAUGUUGAUAUCAACCUUCCUAAAGCUGACAUUGAUAUUAAGGGCCCCAACGUUGACAUCAAAGGUCCAGAACUUGACAUUGAAGGCCCUGAUGGUAAAAUCAAAGGGCCGAAAUUCAAGAUGCCGUCAAUGUCAGGACCAAAGAUCUCCAUGCCUGAUGUGGACUUCAACCUGAAAGGUCCAAAGAUGAAGGGAGAUGUUGAUAUGUCAGGAGAACUUAAAGCACCCAAAGUAGACAUUGAAGGUCCAGAUGUUGACAUUGAAGGUUCAGGAGGAUUUAAGAUGCCAAAGAUGAAGAUGCCAUCAUUUGGAUUCAGAGGACCUAAACUGGAGGGUCCAGAUGUGGAUCUUAACCUACCUCAAGCUGAUAUUGACAUCAUGGUACCUAGUGUUGACAUUUCACGUACAGAUCUCGACAUCAGAGGUCCUGAUGCAAAGUUGUCAGGUGGUUCCCUUGAUAUGGGAAGUCCCAGUUUCAGUUUUGAAAAACCAGACAUCAAGUUUCCAAAGUUCAAAGGUCCCAUGUUUGGUAUUAAGUCCCCAGAAGUUGAAGGUCCUGAACUGAAUAUUUCUCACAGAACGAUUGACGUGAAAGCACCUGAGGUUGACCUUAACCAAGGGGAUGCAAAUAUCAAAGGACCUAAAUUCAAUGCACCAAAGAUCCAUAUGGGAGGAAAGAGCCCCAAAUUAGAUGUUCAUUUGCCAGAGGUUGACAGUAGUCUAGAAGCCCCUGAUGUUGACAUUCAUGUCAAAGGAAAGAAAGGCAAAUUCAAACUGCCCAAAAUCAAAGGGAAAGCAAAGAAACCUGAUGUCGAUAUUGACCUUGAAACAUCAGGUGUAGAUUUAGAUGUUGACUCUCCUGAGCUUCACCUGAAAGGAGCAAAAGUAAAGAAACCUUUCUUUGGAAGACUUCAUUUCCCCGAUGUGGAAUUUGAUGUAAAAUCUUCCAAAGUUAAAGGUGACUUGUCAUCUGGGAGUCUACAAGCCAACAUUGGGGGCCCAGAUGUAAACGUGGAAGUCCCAGAUGUAAAAACUAAGUCUAACAUGAAAUUUCCAGGGAUGAAAAUCAAAGUGCCCCAGGUGAAUGUCUCUGAUGUUGACGUAAAUGUGAACGGGCAAAAUCUGAAAGGAGAGGCAAGCCUCUCAGGAGGUUUUAAAGGUCCUACGACAGAUAUCGGAGGAGGAGUAGAAGUAGACUCAAAUGUUUCAGGAUUCAGUGGACUACAUUUCCCAGAGGGACACGUAUCAUUCCCCAAAAUCAGUGUUCCAAAGUACCAUGGACCAGAGAUGGGAGUAGAUGUUGAUGCAGAGUUAGAAGCAGGGGCAGGAGCAGGGUUAGCAGUGGGGGGUGAGAAGGUUGAUGUGCAGACUCCUUCGGUUAUUGGUAGAGUUAGUUCUCCGAGCCUGGAGUUGCACGGCCCAGACGUGAAGAACAGUGGUGGUAAAGUGAAUGUGAAGAUGCCAAGGUUCGGUUUUGGCAAGUCAAAAGCAAAGGGAGGUAGUGCAGCAGAUAUUAGCUUUCAGGGGCCGGACGCAGAACUGGGAGCCGGUGGCGGCGUUAAGGGCUCCAAAGAGUUGAGUUUAAGUCAUGGGGAGUUAGUAAGUGGCAAGUUGUCUGUAGAGGGAGGAUCUGGGCAUAGUGUGUCCCCUAAGAGCAAGUCAGCCUCACUGGAUCUUUUUAAGAAAUCAAGGCAUCGGUCUUCCUCUGUGGCGAGUGACGAGGGAGAUCUGGCUGUGUCUUCCCCCUCAAGUCACUUAAGUGCCGAGGGUGGCGACAUCUCUGUUGAUGUUGGGGGGGCCAAGGUGAAAGGAAAGAAGAGCAAGUCAAAGUUUGGCACCUUUGGUGGUUUUGGCUCAAAGUCGACGGGCUCAUAUGAAGUGACACUGGGUGAAGACAAUGAAGAGAGAGUAGAAGGAAGUGGUGGUGUAUCUCUCCCCUCUAAAAAGUCGAGAAUCGCCUCGUCUUCCAGCAGCGACAGUGGGUCUAGAGGUGGUUUCCAUUUCCCAAAACUUGACUUUUCCAUGUCACCAAAGAAAUGAAUGAAUUGUUGAGGCUAAUUAUAAACUCUCCUGUAUACUACCCAAUUAUCUUCUCCAUGUACACAACAGCCCUAUCUGCUCAAGAAUGUAAAACUUGCCAGAUGAGUUCACAUCUCAUCUCAAUGUAACAUUACAUGUGUUUUAUUCCCUUAGGACUUUUCUCCACACAUUUUACUUAUUACAUGACAUUGUUCAUACUUCAAUUUAACUGUAAAUAAGAUGAAUCUGUAUUGUAAUAUUAAGUAUUGUCUUUUGUACAUAGUCAAAAUGUAUUGAGCAUAAAUCUCACCAAAUUCAUACCAAUAGUGCCUCACGUGUUUAGUCACAUUGUUGUAUUGCAUUCUGUUAAAAUGCAUUUAGUCAAGAUUAGGUAUUUUUAUAUCCAGGGUUCUAUUGCACAACAAAAUAGUAUAGAUUCAAUUGUUAUUUUUAAGAAAAGUAUGUUUAUACACACAGACACACAGCAAAAAAACAACCUCAAUAACUACUUUUCGUUUUUUAUAUGUAUGAAAUGAUUUACUUUUGUUUUUGAAACUUUGGAUAUGUAAUUGUUGCAGAAGCUUAUUUACUCAACAUAAAGCCGUCCCUGUAUACCAAUGCAGUUAGAGACCAUAAUUGCAAAUAAAAACAAUGUUUCUGUUUACUAAUAAAUUCUAUCUACUGUUGUUAUUCAUCUUUGAGAGAGAGCAGGCAUUUUUUAAUAUAUUUUUUUACAUCCAAUUUGAUUAUUACAAUUUGUCCCUUUUCGCUUCAAAACCUUUCAUUUGAAUUCUGCUCAAAUACCAAAAUGGAAGAUGCACAUUGAAAAAUAGUACACCAUAUGCUGAAGAAUCCAUUUGCAUUUUUGUACAAUCAAGAUAUUUAAAAUGUAAAGAAGCAAAUCAUGACAUUCUCUCUCUCUCACCAUCUCUCUAUUUCUCUCCCUCACUGUCUCACUUAAUGCAAGUCUCUGGUGUUUGGUUACACUAAAGAAAAUGAAUGACUAUCAUGAAUAAAGAGUCAUGCUAUAUUUGUACCUGUAUAGCAAAAUAAAUAUUUGCAAUGUUAAUAACAGAGAAAGAAAGCAAAAAAUAUAUAAUUUGCUUUUAUUUGAUUUGAGUUUUUAAUUGAUUUGAGUCUAUUGUGUCUCACGUGUUUCAUCUGCAAAAUAAAUCAAAUAAACGGUUAACAUACCAA